ACAUGGAAAAGUUCUACAAAGAAAAUGAAGGAAAGCCCGAAAACAAAGGAAAGGCAGAAGACGAAGGAAGUACAGAAGAGGGAGGAAAGGCAGAUGAAGACAAGUCAGAUGCAGAGAGGAAGCCAGCACGCCAGGGGAAGCUAGAGGAGGGGGGAGGGCCAGGUGAGCAGGGACAACAGAAAGUUGAGGGGAAGCCAGAAAAUCAGGGCAAGUCUGAAGGGGAGGGCAAGCAUGAUCCCCAGGCAAAGCCAGCCAGCGAGGCGCGCGCAGCAGAAAAGCGCCCUGCUGAAGAUUAUGUGCCCCGGAAAGCCAAACGAAAAACAGACAGGGGGACAGACGAUUCUCCCAAGAACUCCCAGGAGGACUUACAGGACAGGCAUGUAAGCAGUGAGGAGAUGAUGAGAGAGUGUGCAGAUAUGACAAGGGCUCAGGAAGAGCUGAGGAAGAGACAGAAAAUGGGAGGUUUUCACUGGAUGCCAAGAGAUGCACAGGAUGCGCUAGUCCCCAGGGGCCAACGGGGAGUCAGGGGAAUGAGGGGAGGGGGCAGGAGCCAGAGGGGCCUACAUGACAUCCCAUACCUUUAAUGCCUUUGGCCUUCGAUUCUGGUGUCUCAGAUAAGAAAGAACACUGCUGGCCCUGCUUUUCCUGGUAGAUACUUGCCAGGCCUUGUGCUUUAACCUUCAGCCAAAACUCUGCUUUAGGUAUCAUCGUCCUUACCAGCAGCCUUUUGACCCAACUACAGUGCUCUGUGUCUUUUAGUACAGG